CAACACAUCACCAUCACCAAACGAAAGUGACGUGUAGCAACCAUGGUCAAGCCACCAAAGCGCGCAUCUAAGCGCCAAUCAACAAAGCAGCGCGCCAAGAUCUCCAAGAAAGUGCGCGAGCACCACCGCAAGUCCCGUCGAGACGCUAAGCGCUCUACGCAAUGGAAGUCAAAGCAGAAGGCCGAUCCUGGAAUCCCCAACUCGUUCCCAUACAAGGAACAGCUACUUGAUCAGAUUCAGCAGAACAGGGAGAGGGAGCAGCAGAGACGGUUGGAGGAGGAGAGGAGAGCGGAAUUGAGGAGGAAUGGCGGAGUUGCCGAGGAGGAGGAAAGUGAGGGCAGCGAGGAUGACGAUGAGAUGGUAGAGGGCGAAGAGGACGAGGACGAGGAUAUGGCGAACCUCCUCGCUCUCUCAGCAUCUACUCGCUCCGCCCCUCAAUACGAGGGCUCUCUGCCCUCCCUCCUGGAGGACGACAGCAUCCAACAUCUGGUCUUCGCCCUGGACGCGCGAGACCCACCUGCGUGGCGCUGCCGCUCCGUCGAGCGUCUUGCGGUUUCCAAAGGCAAGCAAGUUCACCUCGCCCUCACGCGGGCUGACCUUGUGCCGCUGGAGGCAUUGACGUCGCAUCUGCAUGCCCUCAAAGGCGACAGCCAAGGGGCUUCGUCUUCCAAGGCGACGACCAGCGUCUUUGCCGUUUCGGACAGCUCGAAGGAGAGCGUCGCAGCUCUGGCAGACGGUAUUGCGGGCGCAAGCAAGAAGAACAGCGAGGUGGGCAUUGCCAUCCUCGGUCUCGAGCACUCCGGCCGCUCUUCGCUGGCCUCUCACCUCCUCUCAGCAUUGAGCGAGCGAGACGCCACCUCCGCGUCUACUGUGUACGACACCACCCAUCUGCUUCCACCCCGUCGCAAGAAAUCUGCUCCCGCCGCUUCCGCCGAAGAUGAGGAGGAUAUGGACGACCUGUCCCUCCCUGCAGCCGCCGAGAAGUCUCGAGAGCAAGCCUCUUCCCCCUCGGACUUCCAGCAAAGACGCAACCGUGCUCUCGUCGCCCUACUCCGCAACAAGGGAAAGGUAGAAAAGAUUGGAGACCCUGUCCCCCUGAUCUGGGCACUCAUGCCUCUUGUCCAGCACAACACAAGGGAGGACCUCAUGUUCACGUGGAACGUGCCCGCCUUCGGUUCGGGAGCACCUAUUGGCGCUCAGAUGGACGAGGAAGAAGGCGACGACGAAGAAGAGGUGCAACACAAGCUCCUCGCAGCAGAGGCUGCCAAGGCCCAAGCCGAUGCCAACGAGUUCUUGAUUGGGCUUGCCCGCCAACAGGGACGAGCACGCAAGGGAGGUCUCCCCGACGUGUCUGCAGCCGCACGCGUCCUUCUGCGUGACUGGUGCAGCGGGUGUGUAGGGUACUACUCGUAUGCGGAAGGGUGGAUGAACCUCUCCAAGGAUGAGAGGAGCAAGCUUGUUGAGCAGCUGGGGAAGGAGGUUGAGGAGGUGACACUACCGAGGAGGGAGUGGAAGAAGGCUUUUGUUGAGCAUCAAAAGGCUAGGAGCGACUUGCACCCUAGUCCUGCUGUGGGCGAGGUUAGACUGAAGAGCGCCGGUGAAGGGGCAAUUGCUCUUGGUAGGCCUACUUUCGAUGGCCAGCCCUUCGCUGAAGACGAGCAGGAAGUCGAUGAUGCUGAGGCGGAAGCAGAGCAGUGGCAGCUCUGGGCCCCGCGCGUGUCGCAGGCCGCCUUCGAUGCAGAUGAGGACGAUGAGGACGAAGACGACGACGAAGACGACGAGGAGUUCGAAGGCGAUUCAGACACGCCUUCUGCCCUGGACUUCGCACUCGGCUCAGACGAGGAGGACGAGGAGCUCGACUCGGACGCUCUCGUUCCCUCAGGCGACGAGGACAUCGAUGAGGAAGACGACGACGACGACGACGAAGAGGAGCUCGAGGAUGAGGAGGACGUCGAAGAGGAAAGCACCCCUGUCGUGUCGCACAAGGAUCGUCGCAAGGCCGCCAAGCAAGGCAAGUCAGUGCCGGCACCAACGCCUGCCCUCGUCUCGACGCCGAAGCUCAAGGCUAAGGCCAAGGCCAAUGCUGCUGGGACGAAGGAGAAGAAGCGCGUCCGUCUCGUGGAGCCCACAAAGGCUGAGAAGCGCGGUAGGAGGGCGUAAGAUGAUCGACGUACCGGCAGCAUAUGCAAUGUAGACUUUUUCAGAACAGCAUAGACGACGGACUGUGCGAUCGAAUGACUAGUGAUUGAACUGAAGUCGACAGACCAAUGUCAUUCAGUCGC